AUGAACGCCGCUCUGAUCAAUGCGCAAAGCUUGACCAAGGGCGAAGAAUCCGGGUCCAGGGACAGGGGCCUCUUCUCCUCCUCCUCGUCCAAGUCGUCUGGAGAUUUCAUCUCCCUCAUCGGCCAGCUGCCUGGCAUUGGCGAUGGCUUCAUGAAGGAAGCUAGGGAUCUUCAAGCCUCGUCUGCCCAACAAGAGCAGGAUAACAUGCGGUCUAGGUCGGCGUUCAACACCCGUGACAACGUGAACCAAAUUCCCGGCAUGAGCCCCGACUUUGAUCCCGUCAAGACUGCCGGUCGAAUUUACCCCAUUCUCCAGUUCCGCGACAAGAUUGUCAAGGCGAUCAACAGGUUCAUUGCCAAGGUCCCUGGCUUGGAGAAGCUCCUUGAGCGCAUCAGCGAGACGCUGACCGCCUUUAUUCUCGGCCUGCUCGCGCCCUUCAUCCAGCCCAUCAUUCAGCAGGUGUCCAAGGUCCUCAAGGAAGGUUCGUCAGGACUCAUCGGCGCCAGCGCCAAGUCCCAGUUCGAGCCCUGGGACAACCCCCGCUGCAGCGAUCCUACGCACUCCAUGUUGUCCAAGGAUCACUUUACCAACAUCUUGAACUCGUGCGCCGGAAGGGUUGCCUCGACCAUCUUGCAAUACAUCACACCGCGCGUUCUUUACGCAUGGGAGAAUCCCGGCGUUCCUGUUGACGAGGUCGUCGACGAUGUCCUCCGUGCGUUCCACCACCCCGUCAUGCGUGAUGACCGCGGCGAAAUUCAGAGCAACAUGUUCAAGACGGUCCGCGAGUGGGCAGAUGGCCACCCUCGUCGCCACGAGCUCUCCCACUUGCUCAACUCGCAGUCGGUGAAGGAUCACAAGAAUCACGUCCUCAAUCAACAGACGACAAGCGGUAGCCGCAGUGCCGUGGAUGUUCACUCAUGCGGCGGAGGUCUCGGCCACGGCAAGACGAAGAACUCGCUCUGGAACCAGAUCAAGACGCGGGACCUCAACGCUAUGGAGGGCGAGGACCGGAAGCCUUUGGCAUCUGCCCCCGUGUCCCAUGGCAACCAGGAAUACGGCUACCGUCAGGACCAGAACCAGUCUCACAUCUACACCGGCACCAGUGGUGGCGAGAGCGCCGGCUACUACGGGGGCGGCGGCAGCGGGCCGUCAGAGCGCCAGGAGAGCCGACCCAGCUACGACCGGCCCAGCUACGACCGGCCCAGCUACGACCGACCUAACUACGAUCAGCCCCCUCCUCAGCAGAGCUACGGUCAGCAGGGCUACGGCCAGGCCACCCAGCAGGGUUACGGCGGCCCCCCACCUGGCCAGUACGGAGGCCCUCCCCCCGGACAGUACGGCGGCCCCCCUCUCGGACAAUACCGAGGAUCUUUCUCCGGCGCAAUAAGGAGGGCCGCCUCCAGACCAGUAUUGUGCUUUUCUUUUUUUACGGAUUUUCCUUUCGAUAUUUCUUUAUUUUUCCCGGGUACCAGCAGCCUACUCCUUUUCUAG